CGUGUCUUCUUGUCUUUGGCUCGGCGCCGCGAAGGUAGAGGGUCUUUCGAGGACUAGGGUUAGGGUUUCGGCUGCUCUUUUUCUCUUGCGAUGGAGGAGAUCGCGGAGGGUGUGAACAACCUCCACAUCGCUGCCCCCGAUUCCUACAAGAACAACAGGAUACAGGUGUCGAACACCAAGAAGCCCCUCUUCUUCUACGUCAACCUCGCCAAGAGGUACAUGCAGCAACACAAUGAAGUUGAAUUGUCAGCUCUUGGAAUGGCAAUUGCAACUGUUGUCACCAUUGCGGAAAUUCUGAAAAACAAUGGUCUUGCUGUUGAGAAGAAGAUUACAACGUCUACAGUUGAUGUGAAGGAUGAAUCCAGGGGCUGGCCCAUCCAAAAAGCAAAGAUCGAGAUAUUGCUGGGAAAGACUGAAAACUUUGAUGAAUUAAUGGCUGCAGCAGCUGAGGGGGAUAACAAGGAACAAAGCUGAGAAAACCUCUGUUUUUUAUUACAUAUCAUUUCAUCAUGUCCCCGCUAAGUAUACAGUAGAUCGCUGUGGAGUGGAAACAUUGCUUGCAUGCUUUCUCCUAGUUUGCGGAUUUGGUGAGUGGUAGAUGCCAUUGUAGUGCUUACCAAUAAUGUUUUAGAAUUUAAGCUAACCUCCUUUUAUUCGGCCGAGGUGGCAUAUUGGUGUGACAUGAUUAAUCGUUUGAGGUGUCAUGUUGGAUCCUCUGUUAGGAAGCUUCACUGUAGAAAUUGAGUUACAUGUGGGUGCUGCAUCUUUGAUCCAGUAUGAUUGCGUUGUGCUUUCUUUCA